GGCGCCCCCUUUCCUCUCGGUCUCUCACGUGACUCUCCCUCUCACUCUAUCCUCCGGUCCUCCCGCGACGGUGACGCCCCCGACCUCGACCAGGCGCCUCCGCUCGCCGCGCCGGUCGCUUGGCCUGCCUGCUGGCUGCCGCAGCCUGCACUGCCGCCGGCGCCGGCCUGCCCCCAGAGGCUGCCGCAGCCUGCAGUGCCUACUGCUGGCCCACCCCCAGCCCCUAACCGGCCAAAUCAAAGGUCUGCCACUGCCCACCAUGGCCGGCGCUGCGCCCGCACCAGGCCAAGCUGGAGCCUUGCUCAACCACCGGAAGCGCAAGGCUUUGGCCCCCGCCGCAGAGGACGAAGCCGAGGAGCUAGAGAGGGAGGUGGAGGAGCUGGAGAGUGAGCUAGCCGAUCUGGACCGACACGUCCUGGAGCACCUCCGCGGCACAGCCAAACGCGUUCCCGACGCGGUUGCCUCCUGCCUCACCGCUCUCCUCCCUUCCGCCCUCAUUGAAGUUCCAACGGUUUCUGAAACUUCAAUUGUUGAAGAUGACCAAGAGCAGCUUGAAAAGCUAAGGCUCCUCAAAUUAAAAAUGGAGGCUAAUAUUGCUACUUUGCCCAAGGUACUUGAGAGAAUGAAUGAAUCUGUUGCCCAGUGUGAGAAAUUGGAGAGUUUGAAUGUGAAUAUCCAUCCUAUUUUUUGAAGAAAAGAUCAGAGUUUCCUGACUAGUUGAUAUAUCAGUAAACUGGGAUUGAUUUCUGACAGGACAACCACAAGUGGAUGUUGGAUUUCUUUUUUUUUGUAGGUUUAUUUGAUCAGAAAGCACAACUUUGUUGGAUGUAAGAUCUGUAGUUUUGGCGCUGACCAUUUUGUUGCGUGAAAUGUCACUGUGCCAUUCAACGAAACCUACUUGCAAGUUGAAACUACUUGAAACUAAAACAGAAAGAUUUGGCCGAUGUAUUUGGAUAGACUCGUGGCAUUUCCUACAUUUAGUGACAGGACAACCACAAUUAGGUUUGUCACAGUUGUCUAUUCAUUCAAGGCCUACUGUGUGUAUCUGUUUAUUCCUCUCUUAAAAGCCUGUUUGUGUUUGUUGAUUUUGGAUUGUAGUUUUGAGAGGAUGAUUAACAAAGUGUUGAAUUAGCAUUUUCGAAUUA